AAUGAAACUCUGUAUUUCCUGUCCGUGCGCCGCGCCUCCUUCUGUUGAUGUAAACAGAUUACUUUGCUGGUUUUAUAUGUGCAGACAAACAUUUCUUUCUGUUAUAAUAUUACCACACUAACAAUGAAGAAGUUUUUCGAAGACAUUAAAAAGGAUAUAAAAUUUAAAUCGGCGGGACCAGGGAAGAAACUCACUGAAGACACCAGCACUAAGGCUCCAGCAGGGCAGACGGUUAACCAGGCGAAGCCUCGUGCUGCCCCCAAUGAGAGCACACAGAGAGCUGGAGCUGCUGCCCUGGCCAGGAUCGAGCAGCAGCACAAACCCCGACCACACACAUCACAGGACGCCAUCAGAAACCAGGUGAAGAGGGAGCUUGAGGCGGAGGCUGCAGCCACAGCAGUGGAACAAAAAAGCACAGAUAUAGAGGGUUCUAAUGUUCCAGUGAAGGAGGCUGCAUGUUUUUCCGUGUCCGGAGUGUACUUCAUCUGCCCUCUGACUGGGGAAACGUUAAAGAAGAGCGAGAGAGAGACACGCAUCAAGGAGGCCAUUCUUCUGAGAUUCUCUGAGAAUCCAGUGGAGGCUUCUAUUAUGAUGAUUCACACUUUUAACAAGGACAGAGAGAAAGUGAAGGGUGCCAUCGACAUCAUCAGCAAGUAUAUUGAUAAUAUCUGUAAGAAUCCAACAGAAGAGAAGUACAGGAAGAUUAAAGUCAGCAACAAAGUCUUCCAGGAGAAGGUGAGUGUGAUCGAGGGGAGUCGGGAGUUCUUGCAGGCUCUGGGGUUUGAGAGCACUGUGGUGCCAGUGGAAGGACAAGAGAACCCAGAAGAGUUUUUGGUUUUGGCUGAGCAGGAUGCUGCAGCUCUGGACCAGAUGAAGGAAAAGAAGGAGCAGCUGCAGAAGGGAGAACCUGUCCGAGCCAAGCUGGACCGCCAGGCACAAGCCUUCAGACCCUCACAGCACGCAACACGCUUCGAGUUGCCACCAGACUUUUACAACCUGACUGCAGAAGAGCUGAAACGAGAGCAGCAGCUUAAAAGCGAUUUAGUUGAAAGAAAUGCCAUGCUGCGAACGAAAGCCAUGCGGGAAAAAGAGGAGCAAAGGGAGAAAAGGAAGUAUAACUAUGCCCUACUGAGAAUUCGGUUACCAGAUGGAAAUAUCCUACAGGGGACUUUCUUGGCGUGGGACAAGGUAGCAGUGGUGUACCAGUUUGUGCGUGACUCCCUGGAGAACGGCUGGCAGCCCUUUGAGCUCAUGGCACCAGGAAGCCAGAAACUAAAGGAAGACAAGGAAGUGGCACUAAAUGAAUGCAACCUUGUCCCUGCAGCUCUGUUGACCUUCUCCUGGGAUGCUGCAGUCCAAGCGGACAUUGCCGCAGCUGGAGGAAAGAGCAGCUCUGUGCUGAAGCCAGAACUGCUAAAGAAUUUGCAGACCCUGAGCUGAACAUCAACUCUGCUGCCCUGCUGUCCUCUGCUCACCCUGCCUGGGCCUCCUGAGCCCACUCUGCUGUUAUAGCAGCUGUCUUUUCCUGCUCGAGUGCACACCACCGUGUUCAGUUAUCAGAAUGCUGAUAGUGUUACAGGAUAAGAAUCAUUCACAAGAUUCGUGUUUAGUCAGUGCUGAAGCAGCUAGGGCUCAUUUGGUCAGGACAGCUAGCACGACUGAGCAAAAUGUCAUCCUAUCCAACUGCCCCUGAUCGUCUGAAAAGGAUUUUUGUGAUGUAGUGUUGUAUUCAUAUUCCAAAGAAGGAAAAUUUCUAUUGCACUGUAAUUCUGUCCAUAUUACUGUCCCUGUCAAUUGCAACUUAUCUUUUACAAGAGAUUAUGUCCAAGCUUCACUAUUGUUAAUGAAUUGUUCAUAUGUGAGAUGAUUACACUUUUCAGCCUACUUUAACACACACACACCAAAAAAAAAAAAAAAAUUCUAUAGCAUCCCUCUGUUGAUAAAGAAUGAUGGCAAAUGUACUUAACUCAAAUGUUUUUUUUUUUAAAAAGAUGUCUAACUAGUUCACCUAGUCAACAUUAUUCUCACUUGCUUUUUCAAAUUUAAAAGGAAGAGAUUUCAUAUUUAAAAGUAAGGAAUAAAUUAAUGUUAACAUUGUUUUCUGUUCUAAACUCUUUCUAGAAAGGACAACAGCCUACCUCCUCACAAACCAGUAAACCAUUUUUGUGAGAGAACCCUAAACACUAGAUAGACUGUAAUUUGCUUGCCCCAAGCUAGUAAUGCAUCUCUCACUGCUUUCCCAACCGCAGAAUGAAACACGCUAGUUAGUUUUGUUUCCGUUAUAGGAUGACAAAGAAUGUAAUGGAUAGAACAACGCCACGUUAAAUUUCCAUGCGCUAUAAUUGCAUUGUUCUGUGUUCGUCUGCCUAAUUAAAUCUACUGUAAUAAAGUUCAAGGAUGCAUUGUCAAA